AGGAGCCCUAGCCGGAGCCGGAGACUCGCAGCCUCUAUCCCAUGGCCGGGUCUCCCCGCCGCACCGCGGGCCAGCGACUGCAGCUGCCCCUGCUGUGCCUCCUCCUCCAGGGCGCCACCGCCAUCCUCUUUGCGGUUUUUGUCCGCUACAACCAUGAAACCGACGCUGCCCUCUGGCACUGGCACAACCACAGUAACGCGGACAAUGAAUUUUACUUUCGCUACCCAAGCUUCCAAGAUGUGCACACCAUGAUCUUCGUGGGCUUCGGCUUCCUCAUGGUCUUCCUGCAGCGCUACGGCUUCAGCAGCGUGGGCUUCACCUUCCUCUUGGCCGCCUUUGCCCUGCAGUGGUCCACACUCGUCCAGGGGUUCUUCCACUCCUUCCACGGUGGCCACAUCCAUGUAGGCAUAGAGAGGGAUGCCCUCGCUUCCAGCCCCCUCUCACCCUCCCCAUCCCAAUCCCCCAGCAUGAUCAAUGCUGACUUCUGUGCUGGAGCUGUGCUUAUCUCCUUUGGUGCCAUACUGGGCAAGACUGGGCCGGCUCAGCUGCUGCUCAUGGCCCUGCUGGAGGUGGUGCUAUUUGGCCUCAACGAGUUUGUGCUCCUUAGUCUCCUCGGGGUGAAGGAUGCAGGAGGUUCCAUGACUAUUCACGCUUUUGGUGCCUACUUCGGGCUGGUCCUCUCCAGGGUCCUCUAUAGGCCCCAGCUGGAGAAGAGCAAGCAUCGCCGGGGCUCCGUCUACCAUUCGGACCUCUUUGCCAUGAUUGGGACCAUCUUCCUAUGGAUCUUCUGGCCUAGUUUCAACUCUGCACCCACUAUGCUGGGGGAUGGGCAGCAUCGGACAGCUCUCAACACGUACUACUCCUUGACUGCCAGCACCCUCAGCACCUUCGCCUUGUCAGCCCUUGUCGGGAGGGAUGGGCGGCUGGACAUGGUCCACAUCCAGAAUGCCGCACUGGCCGGAGGGGUGGUGGUGGGGACAUCGGCUGAAAUGAUGCUGACACCCUUUGGGGCUCUGGCAGCUGGCUUCCUGGCUGGGACCGUCUCCACACUGGGGUACAAGUUCUUCACGCCCAUCCUUGAGUCAAAAUUCAAAGUCCAAGACACAUGCGGUGUCCACAACCUCCAUGGGAUGCCUGGGGUCCUGGGAGCGCUCUUGGGGGUCCUUGUGGCUGGACUGGCCACCCAUGAAGCUUAUGGAGAUGGCCUAGAGAGCGUGUUUCCGCUCCUAGCCAAGGGCCAGCGCAGCGCGAAGUCUCAGGCCAUGCACCAGCUCUUCGGACUGUUUGUCACACUGAUAUUUGCCUCUGUGGGUGGGAGCCUUGGAGGGCUCCUGCUGAGGCUGCCCUUCUUGGACUCCCCACCAGACUCCCAGUGCUACGAGGACCAGAUUUACUGGGAGGUGCCUGGAGAGCAUGAGGAUUUAGCCCAGGGACCUCUGAGGGCAGAGGAACCGGAGACUCAGGCCUAACUUGCUUCCAGGCCUUGAAAGGACGCUCUCCUUUUAGAAGAUGAUGGCUGGCUACCGUUGGGAAGCUUUUCUUUUCUAGUUCCCAUCACUUCUGCUGCAAGAAAGAAGACAGGAGCUGGAAGGAGCCUCCUUACCAUAGGCAGCAUUGGGGGAGGGGCUGUAACUAGUAGGGGGUGGGGCUGUAACUAGUGUGGUGAGGGGAGAACCUCACACAGCCCCACCCCACCGCCCCACGCCCUGCAAAUGAGGCACCCAAGUGACUGCUGAUGCACUGGACCAGCAUCACUCUGUUACAGUGAAGCCUGAGCCAGGGCCUGGCUCUCUGAGGGUGAUA